AUGACACUGUCGGGAUGUUGCGAGAGCGUCUUCAGUGAGGAGCUGUGUGGUGGGCAGGCCCGCGCUGGUGUAUUCUCUACUGUAGAUCAACAUAUGGCAACAGUUUCAGCGAGAUGUCUGUUGCUGCUGCUGCUGCUAUGGAUCGGGGUUUUGCAUUCGGAGACCCAACACAACAGGGUCUCCAUGAACGAUGACCUCCUCCUGCCGUACGCCAAGCGCCAUGGCUCUGCCCACUCUCACCGGCAUAUCAGAGACUGCCAAUCCGUCGUCCACGGCAACGUGACCUACGAGACCUGGCCCUCCAGCCAGCACGGGGGCGCGCCGCUGGCCGAGUCCUCCGUGUUCGUAUCAGAUGCUCGCGGCGCGACGCAAUGGGCAUACGGUCACAUGACCACGGUCCACGACCCCCUGAGGACUUUGUCGGUCCUGGAGCCGGGGGGGCCGGGGGGCUGCGGGUUCAACCACCGGGCCAAGGUGGCGGAGACGGCGGAGGCAGCGGGGUGCCUGUUCUCCCAGAACGCGGGCUUCUUCAACACAAGCACGGGCCAGUGUCUGGGCAACAUUGUGAGCGACGGCAGGCUGGUGCGGGACAGCAACGGUGUCCAGAACGCACAGUUCGGCAUCCGCAAGGACGGGACUCUGGUGUUGGGGUACCUGUCAGAAGAGGAUGUCACGGACCAGGGGAACCCGUUCGUCCAGCUGGUCAGUGGCGUGGCGUGGCUGCUGAGGAAAGGCCAGGUGUACAUCAACCAGAGUCUGCAGGCAGAGUGCGGCAACACCCAGGAGACAGGCUCGUUGAGCAACUUUGUGGAUGUGGUGUCCGGCCGGACGGCCAUUGGACACGAUGCAGACGGCAAGGUGGUCCUGUUCCACGUGGACGGACAGACGGGCGUUAGAGGCAUGAGUUUGUGGGAGGUGGCAAAUUUCCUCAAGAAAAAUGGAGUUGUCAAUGCAAUCAAUCUGGAUGGAGGCGGGUCCGCUACCUUUGUGGUCAACAGCUCAUUGGCUAGCUACCCUUCAGACCACUGUGAGCCGGACGCCAGGUGGCGCUGUGCGCGGGCCGUCUCCACCAUCCUGUGCGUCCACCCUCGCCACUGCCAUCCCCGGGACUGCAGCGGGCACGGGGAGUGCUUGCAGGGGGUCUGCAGGUGCCUGGAGGGAUGGCGGGGGGCCGGCUGUGAGGGUCUGGUGUGCCAGCCCCCAGCCUGCGGGGCUCACGGCGUCUGCACCAGCGGAGGAUGUGUGUGUGACGCUGGUUGGAGUGGACACAACUGCAGUGAAGAAUGUAUGCAAGGUUUCUAUGGCGACAGCUGCAAUCAAACGUGUGCCUGUGCCAAUGGAGGUUCAUGUGACCCCGUCCAUGGACGCUGCACAUGCCGCCCAGGUUUCCAUAGUGACCUGUGUCAACAAGAGUGUCCCCUGGGUUUCCACGGUGCUUCCUGUUCUGAGGAGUGUCACUGUGAGGACAAGUGCCCCUGCGACCCGCAGACAGGAAGUUGUACCAACCCACUGCGGGAAGCAGUGAACCUAACCUUACAGAGAGCUGGACACUGUUUAGCAAGAAAGAUGUUUACCACCUGGAGACAGGAGGAGGCCACCGAGAUUCAGCCGUACCUGACAGAGCAAACGUGGCUGAUCAUCGCCAUAGGCCUGUCUUCUCUGCUAUUGGCUAGCCUGGUGGGUCACCUGAGGCGUGCGUUUCCGGCCUCCGCAGGGCACCGACGCAUCUCAGAUCGCCGUGACUACUCCUACGUCCCCCUGACUGACAUAAACAGCAGCGUCGCGGCCGGCAAAGUGUCACAACCCAGAAAGGCAGGAGUGGAACCGGACGAUUCGGACUCCCAAGAUGAGAUAUGGUCUCCUCGUAGCGGUGGAUCCUGAGUUUGGGGUGAACAGCCACUCUUCGGGAACCACAGACAAACAAACAUGGCUGCUUCACUGUUAAAGCAGCAGACUUUAACUCCAAAGUCACUGUACUAUACAGUUUUCUAUCAUCCAGGAUAGAAAGUGGGAUGUGCACAAUGUUUGAAACAGAAUAAUAUAUAUUUUUCUAAAAAUCUCAUUCAGACAGCCUCAUUUUUUGGAUUGGCAGUUCAAAACGCUAGGACAAUGUAUGGUUUUGAAGUAUAGACAGUACAAAUACCAUCUUAAUACAGGCUCAAUCAUCUUACCUGGGUCUUACCUCGUACAUUUUUGUGUUAAACCACAGAGAAAGAUGCAAUUAUUACAAUCAGGAAGAUUAAGAAGGGAAAAUUAUUAUCCAAAUUAUGAAGAACUCUGAAUGUAAUGUUUAUUAAGGUUGAAGCUUUUAGUAUUGCAGACAUUUAAAUGCCUCUCAACGUGAUUAAACGGAUCAGAUGAAUGGACAUAUGCGUGAUGAACCAGCAGUUACCUUUGUGUACUCUCUACCAGGGUAAUUGCCAGUUAUAGGGUUUGCGCUAAUCCAAAUUACACUUAUUAUAAGGUUGUCUUUCAUAUCAACGGUUGAUGCUUUCUACAAUUAGAAAAACCGAAACACAUUUUUAUGUACUUUUACAAAACAAUGUAUUAAUUAUACAUCUUCCGAAUAUCAGAGAAAGGCUGUCUACUCCCCCUGGAGACACGUAACUGGGCCAGCAACUACUCUCAUGUUGCCUGGCGGGCCUCCAUAUUGUCUGUCUAGUUUCUGAUGACUAGACUCACGAAAACCAUACAAUACCUGUGUCUCCACUGGCUACAUUAUUAAACACCAUCUCUGUGGACUGCUUUUCCCUUUUCAACAUUGAUCCGAUGAUGAUUCAUCAACAGCCUAGUUUUUAUUACGUCCCUCUCACCAGCCUGAUAUCAGCUUUCUGAAUCUAGGUGUUCACCAACUGCUGGGACGAACCACUUUACCCGCUGGGACAAACCACCGUGUGUUAUGAAAGACAAGGACCAGGUUACAUGGGUCAUUAUGUGUGGCUUCCUUUGUCCACGCUAGACCUGGUAGAACAGCAGAGUUCUGGUGUUAUGUGUGUUAGGCGUUCACCUUCCUGAACUUGUAACCACGAGACAAAGCAUUUUUUUGUCUUGGGAUAUCCUGGGUGGUGUAUGGUAUUUUUUAGGUCUUUGAGGACUACGAUGCAAGACAGAACGACUUAGAAACUUUUAUUAUGGUUCCUAACCGUUCAAAACCGGUUUCUGUUUUCAGCAUUCUCAGCAGUAUUUAAAUAUACACAUGUAAAUAUAAGCUGGGUCAGCAGCAGCGUAGUCUAACGCCCGCACGGAACGGCCGUUGUUUACAACAUGCAGCGCUCAGCUGUGCUUCUGCAAUCAUCUGUGACCGCCUGGUCUCGUUUCCUCUUAGGUCUAGGAGGGCUAUCCUUACUGCAGCAUGUUGGGAGGGUUUAAGAACAAAAGUGGUUGAUUAAAGUAAACUUGGAACCUGACUGAAGCUUUUAGUGCUGCUGUUAGUGGCUCCCCUAACAGUCACUUGAUGAACGGGAAAUAUGCAUGACAUCAGGGCCCGGUUAUAGUUUAAUAACAGACUACUUUUGGCUGUGGUUGUUCAAAGACCCAGUUGAAAAACCGAUUGACCUAAUAAAAUAAAUGUGUUGGCCUCCUUUGCUACAAAUUCAACCACAUGCCAAUUGUCUUGUACUGUCAAAGUUAUCUUGGUCUCUUCCUCAUCUGGGGGGAGGGGAGUGUUCAUCCCUCUAGGUUUAGCUCUGUGGUACAUUCCUACCCACCAGCAUAUUUCUGAGCCGUUGACCCCUGACCUCUGCAGCCAUAAAAUGGAAUAAUGCUCUGCCUACACUGCACUCUGUGAACAGAAUAUGUGAACUGCUAUUCUGUUUAGUUCUAGAAAGAUUGUUUAUUUUACCAUUAAACAUUUUUACUGAGUUUU